CCUCCCCUUCCAAAUUGGAAGCCGAGGAUAAAUCCAAGAGGUCGGAGCCAUGGAUAUGGGGUCUUCCACCGGCCACGGUGGCAGGGAGCGCCCCGGCAACAUUACUACCGAUUUCUGCUAUGUUGAUAUGGCGCUGCACUCCACCGGCAUUUGGGGCUCCCACGACAAUGCAAACCUACUCGACUUCGCUCUCCCCCGCCUCCAGCUUCAGCUCGCCAUCAUUUUCUUCGUCACCCAAUCCCUUCAUCUCUUUCUCCGUCGCUUCCAUUUGCCUCGCCUUGUCUCCGAAAUCCUCGCUGGAAUCAUACUUGGGCCUACUAUUCUAGGACAGUUUCCAAAUGUGGAGAAAGCAUUAUUUCCACCAAACGGAGAUGUCUACUUGGACUUACUCUCCAAAAUUGGCUACAUAUUUUUUAUAUUCCUUAGUGGUGUGAAGAUGGAUCCGAGGACCGUGCUGAGGACCGGUAUCAAAGCGUGGACUAUCGGUGUUCUUGCUGUCACACUUCCGCUCGGUGGUAGCUUGAUGAUGACCGUGCUACAACAAAACGAGAUCCACAAGUAUCGAAUCCCCGCUUACAAAAACACUAUCUCCAUUCAGAAUUUAUUCCCCUUUCCUGUCAUUGCAACCAUGCUUGUUGAUCUCAAAAUCAUGAACUCUGAGCUUGGCCGCCUUGCCCUGGCUUCGGCACUCAUCAGUGACUUGGUUAGCAACCUCUCGUCGACUGUGAUCACCUAUGGCAGAGUCGGAAUCAUGAGCUUUGCAAAUGUUAUCAUGGUGCACUCUACUUUCUUGACCGUUUGCCUAAUUUUGUUCAUCUUCUGCGUGGGGCGCCCGCUCAGCCUUUGGAUCAUCAAGAAUACACCUGAAGGGAAACCAGUUAACAAAUUUCAUGUCAUCCUCAUGUCUUUCAUGGUGUUGAUUGUGGUGUUGCUUACUGAUAACGUCGGCCUCAACUAUCAGUAUGGCCCCUUUUUGCUCGGGUUAGCAGUGCCAGAUGGCCCGCCUUUGGGGGCCACGAUGGUGAACAGGCUGGAAACGUUAGUUUCGGGCUUGUUGGCACCACUUUUGGUCACUUAUUGCGGGAUGAAUGUGAAUCUCGUUGAGGUUUUCGAUCUACAAUUCGUUAGCCUAGUCUGGUCUGUUGUUGGAUACUGUUUGGCAAUGAAGCUAGUGUCUGUUUUCGUGCCGGCAAUCAUUUGCAAAGUGCCUGUUAAAGAUGCUGUUGCUCUUGCCUUCAUCAUGAGUGCUCAAGGAGUUGUUCAAAUGUCCUUUUACUACUACAACUAUGUUAACCAGACAUUUGAUGGAGAAACCUUCUCUAUGCUGACUACAUCAGUCCUGAUACAAUCCGCUCUCUCGAGUCUAGUGGUGAAGUCUCUCUAUGACUACUCAAGACUGUACACUGGUUACCAAAAACGAGACAUCCAACACGCAUCAAUCAACUCCGAGCUGCGUGUCCUCGCCUGCGCACAUCGCGUGGACGAUGCACUAGCAAUCCGGAAAGUCGUUGAAGUUUCCUUCCCGAGCAAAGAAAGCCCCAUUGCGUUAUACGCUCUCCACAUGGUGGAGCUCGCCGGCCGAGCCUCCCCGCAGCUAAUCGACCACCAACUAGGCCAAAAAUCAUCAAACAGCACAUCCCGCACGCAGAAAAUGAUCGACAUCCUCUCCUCCCUCGAGCAGCAAUACUCAGGCGUCGCAACCGUCCAGCAAUUCACCGCAAUGUCGCUAACAAAGUUCAUGCACCACGACAUCUGCACCGUGGCAUUCAACAAACUGGCGUCGUUGAUAAUUCUCCCAUUCCACAGGAAGUGGAACCACCAGGGCAAGUUCAUACUCGACUCCAGCACGAUGCGGUCCAUCAACUGCCAGGUCCUCGACCUGGCGCCAUGCUCGGUCGCCAUCCUGGUCGACCGCCACAAGGUGCGCCGCGGGGCCGCCUCAGCGUACAACGUGGCGGUGGCGUUCUUCGGGGGGGCGGACGACAGGGAGGCGCUGGCGUACGCGAGGCGCAUGGCGCUGUCGCCUGACGUCUGCCUGACGGUUGUGAGGUUCGUACCGUGGGACAUCUACUCCGGGGACAGCCAGUGGGACGCGGUGCUGGACGCGGAGAUACUGAAGGAGACGAGGAUGCAGGGGGCGCAGCAGGACAACAUUGUUUACAGGGAGGAGAGGGUGAAGGACGGGGCGGAGACGGCGAUGCUGAUACAUGCGAUGGAGGAGGCGUUUGAUCUGAUCAUGGUGGGGAGGAGGCAUAAGGAUGACACGCCGCAGCUGUUGGGGCUGAGUGAGUGGAAUGAUUUGGCGGAGCUGGGACCGGUUGGGGACAUGCUGGCGUCGCCGGAUCUGACCGUGCCUGUGUCCGUGUUGGUGGUGCAGCACCAGAAUAUCAAAUCUAUUUGAGCACUAUUUUUCGGUAUUAAUGGUUUUUUCUAAUAUCUAUUAGAAAUUUGCUGUUCAUGGAGAUGUAUACUUUUUUUUUUCUAAUAUCAAUUAGAA